CUCAAAAGCUAAGCAGCUCUGAUCAAAGUUUGAGGUUUAAGCAGAAGAGAGAAGAAGAAGCCAUGAUCUCCUACGCCACAGUAUCAGCUAAAAAGCCCAUCUCAAGCUGCUUCAUCUUCGCCUUCAUCUUCUUCUCUUCCCAAAACGCUGUCGUUUCUCUAAACCAAGUCUCAAAGUCACAACCCGUGGCUCGCCCACUCAAGAAACUCGACAAGCACGUGGUUCUACUAAUCUCCUCAGACGGCUUUCGUUUCGGGUACCAGUUCAAGACCAACCUACCGAACAUCCACCGUUUGAUCGCCAACGGGACAGAAGCCGAAACAGGUCUAAUCCCCGUUUUUCCGACAGUAACUUACCCCAACCACUACUCCAUCGUCACGGGCCUAUACCCUGCGUACCACGGCAUCAUCAACAACAACUUCGUGGAUCCGAAAACAGGAGACGUUUUCACUAUGGCCAGCCACGAGCCCGAGUGGUGGCUAGGCGAGCCGCUUUGGGAAACGGCAGUGAACCAAGGGCUCAAGGCGGCUACUUACAUCUGGCCUGGCUCUGAGGUACGCAAGGGCUCUUGGGAUUGUCCUAAAGGUUUCUGUCAACACUACAAUAGCUCUGUUCCUGAUGGUGAUGGUGAUGAUGAUGAUAGGGUUGAUACCAUCUUGAGAUAUUUCGAUUUGCCUUAUAGUGACAUCCCUAGUUUCAUAACGAUUCAUUUUAACGAUCCUGAUCCUCAAGGUCACCAGGUUGGUCCUGAUGAUUCUCUGAUCACUGAAGCUGUUGUUAACGUCGACCGGUUGAUAGGAAGGUUUAUCGACGGGUUGGAGAAGAGAGGGGUCUUUGAGGAUGUGAGUAUGAUCAUGGUUGGUGAUCAUGGAAUGGUUGGGACUUGUGAUAAGAAAGUCAUCGUUCUUGAUGAUUUAUCUCCUUGGAUCAAGAUCCCUAGCGGAUGGGUUCAGAACUACACUCCGUUGCUAGCGAUUAAACCGCCUUCAGGUCACGAUGCUAAGGAUGUGGUGGCUAAGAUGAACCAAGGCCUGAGGUCAGGUAAAGUGGAGAACGGGAAGUACUUGAAAGUUUAUCUCAAAGAGGACUUACCAAAAAGGCUUCAUUACGCAGACAGUGAUCGUAUCGCACCUAUCAUAGGACUGGUCGAUGAAGGGUACAAGGUUGAGCAGAAGAAGAGUAAAGGCAAGGAAUGUGGUGGAGCUCAUGGGUAUGACAAUGCGUUCUUUUCGAUGAGAAGUAUAUUCAUAGGGCAUGGUCCUUUGUUCUCAAGAGGAAGGAAAGUGGCUUCGUUUGAGAAUGUUGAGAUAUAUAAUCUGAUAUGUUCGAUACUUGGACUUAAGGCUGCUCCUAAUAACGGGUCUGAUGAGUUUGCUUCAAAGGUUCUCUUGCCACGCAAGUAAAGCAGAGUAAGGGUAUGUUCAUCCUUAUUCCAAUAAAUAAGGCAGCCUAUAAUCUAUGAUUUGCGUUUUCAAGCAGAUUGCAGACACGUACGAAAUAUAAACGCGUUUUGAUUUGUAUUUUUGUUUCGUACGAUUAUAACAAGAUGUUCUACUAAACUUAUUAUAAUAUAAACUAGAUU